ACCGGAGCCGCAGACAAAUGGCAGAACGCGCUGAACAUCAGGCGCGGUGAACGCAAUGAAAUCACGCGUUAGCAGAUGGAUGCGGACAAACAGACAUCAGAAGUGUCAUCUCUGAGGAUCAUUAGACGGACACUGGAAUAUCCGUUAUUCAAGAUGCCGUGGAUUGUGCCUUUUCUCCGUUUCUACUCGAACUUUCCAUUAACUUGCGUUCUUUUUCUACAUCUGUCUGCAGUGCACGGUGAAUGCGCGCGUCCGCCGGUGGAUAACAGACGACGGACAUGUUUUUACUCCUUAGGAAUACAGAUCCGCUCCUGAGAAUGUCAGAUAGUGAUGCAUCAUGAUCGUGUCGCGUCUGUGUGUGUUAUGAUCAGAGGUAUGAUCGGGCUGAUUGAUGGAGGAUCGAUGAUGAUGAUGACGAUGAUGGGCAGAUGCGCGUGCACACACUCACAAUCACAAACAUCACCUGGCAGCUCAGUUUAAUGGAUUACAGACAACUAGAUUUCAGAUUGGACAUUUUCUGAGCUCUUUACCACAUCAUAUCAGGCUGCGGAAGCCAAAGAAAACGCUUGCUGUAGUCCAAGUCAAUAACAACUGAAACAAGCAGAUAUUAUCAUUUGUAUGCCAUGAAAAAAAUCCCUUUGAAUGAGAAGGUGAAGUGGGAAGAAGCUGCCCAGAUUAAAUCAGGGGGGAAAGGAGCGUUAUAGCCAGCAAGAAAAGGACAAAAAGGAAGAUGUUGUGGACGGUGGCUUGGCGGUCCAUAGGGUGGCCUACAUUUGUAGCAUCCCUAUUUCUAGCAGUGGGACCUACAUUCUCUGGAGUCUUUAAUGCCUCAGGAAAAGAUAUUUUUAGUGACUUUGGACAGUUCCAGCUCACUGAGAACAGCCCAGCAGAGCUACGGAAACUCCAAGCCUCUAAUCUUCAUCCUAACUUGUACUUUAACCAAGACGAUAUACCACUGUUGAGGCAAAGGUCAACUACAACUCAUAGCCACAUUUUUAAAGCGAUCCGGACAGCUGUGUUGACCAUGCUCUCCACCGGCCCGCUCUACAUGCCACCCACAAAGCAUGUUGAGUUCACCAGCAAAUGGAAUGAGAUUUAUGGAAACAAUCUCCCUCCUCUGGCCCUUUACUGUUUACUGUAUCCCGAGGACACUGCUGCCAUGCACUUCCUGAUUAAGUUUAUGGACCGAAUGUCGGAAUAUCCGGACUGGAAAGUAACCAGCGCACCCAAUGAUGAAGUUCCAAUGGCUCAUUCGCUCACUGGAUUUGCUACUGCUUUUGACUUCAUCCACUCACUCCUGGACCAGCAGCGCCGAGACCUGUACUUAAAGAAGAUUUGUACUGCAACCAGAGAGCUCUACGAGACAUCAAAGUACCGGGGCUGGGGGAAACAGUUCCUUCAGAACCAUCAAACCACUAAUAUUGUCGCUAUUCUGACUGGAGCAAUAGUUGUGGGCGCACAUGACGUCACAGAGUCGAUGGUUUGGAAACAGGUAUCUGUAAAUUACAUGGAGAAGACAAUGUUUCUGUUAAAUCAUGUGGUAGACGGCUCUCUGGACGAGGGAGUUGCAUACGGGAGUUACACAGCAAAGUCAAUUACGCAGUAUGUUUUCCUAGCGCAGCGCCACUUCAAAGUAGACAACACACAGAACAACUGGCUGCGCACUCAUUUCUGGUUUUAUUACGCCACUUUGCUUCCAGGGUUCCAGAGGACGGUUGGUAUAGGGGACUCAAACUAUAACUGGUUCUACGGACCAGAGAGCCAGUUAGUCUUUUUAGAUUCUUUUGUGAUCAAAAACGGGUCAGGGAAUUGGCUGGCACAGCAGAUUAGGAAGCACAGGCCUAAAGACGGUCCCAUGGGUCAGUCCUUGGCCCAGCGCUGGACAACACUUCACACAGAGUUUAUCUGGUAUAACCCCGACCUUACACCACAACCACCUUAUGGCUACAAUAAGGCCAAGAUGCACAUAUUCUCAAACUGGGGUGUGGUGACUUACGGGGCUGGUUUAUCUGUUGCCCAAGGCAACACCUUUGUCUCUUUUAAGUCUGGAAAGCUGGGUGGCCGGGCAGUGUUUGACAUUGUCCAUGCCAAGCCUUACUCAUGGGUGGACGGUUGGAACAGCUUCAACCCCGGUCAUGAGCACCCCGACCAAAACUCAUUUACUUUCGCCCCGAAUGGGCAAGUAUUUGUUUCCGAGGCUUUAUACGGCCCCAAAUACAGCUUCUUAAACAACGUGUUAGUGUUCAGCCCUUCUCCGACAAGCCAGUGUAAUGUCCCUUGGGAAGGACAGCUUGGCGAAUGUGCCAAGUGGCUGCGCUGGACAGACGAAGGGGUCGGAGACUCGGCAGGAGAGCUGAUCGCCGCUUCUGCCCACGGAGACUCUAUGUUUGUGAGCGGGGAAGCGGCCGCUGCGUAUUCCUCCGCCAUGAGACUGAAGAGUGUGUACCGAGCCCUGCUUCUCCUCAACUCACAGACUCUCCUGGUGGUUGACCAUGUUGAGAAAAGAGACGACUCACCAGUGAACAUGGUCAGCGCGUUCUUUCACAAUCUGGAUAUUGACUUUAAGUAUGUGCCCCAUAGUUUCACAGACAGGUACAAUGGGGCGUUGAUGGACGUCUGGGAUGCUCAUUACAAAAUGUUCUGGUUUGACAGUCAGGGACACAGUCCUGAUACACAGAUACAGGAGGCUGAGCAGGAGGCAGAGUUUAAAAAGAGGUGGACACAGUUUAUCAACGUCACCUUUCCUUUCACAGAUUCGGUGAGUAGAAUGGCGUAUGUGAUGCACGGGCCUUACGUGAAAGUUUCCGACUGUAGGUUCGUUGAAAGCAGUAAGAGUGGGCUCAAACUUUCUCUCGUUAUCAACAACACUGAGAAAAUUGUUUCAAUAGUUACAAAUCACAGAGACAUUGGGGCACGUUCAAGCUACCUGGGCUUUGGGGGUUACGCUAAGGUGGAAGACAGACAUCAUAUUGUCCGGUUUGGCUUGGGGACGCAGCUUGUCUCCAAACAGACCAAGCUGCACAAUCAUCUGUUCGACUUUGGAGUUACGGUGAAUGUUGCGGCUGGGGUAACACUGUGUGUAGCAAUUGUUUUCUUGACCCUACAGCGCAAGUUUUACGUUUGCUUUAGCAGACUGAUGCGUUACGCUUUGCUUUCUGUCUUAAUGCUGUGGAUAACCGAGCUCCUGUUCGUCUCAAACAGCUGUGAUCAGCUCCUGUGUGGAGUAAAGUGGCGCGGAUCCGCCACAGACCCGGAGCUCAGCAAACAAAUGACACUUCAUGACCAGCAUCAGCUCCCUCUACCCACUGUAGUGAUCACAACGCUGCCCGGCUCCGGGUCGGACAUCCUUAAGCACCUUUUCUACAACAAUACAGACUUUGUCUACCUACGCAUCCCCACAGAACACUUGGAUAUACCUGAAACAGAGUUUGAGUUUGACUCUUUAGUAGAUGCUUGUGAAUGGACACGCUCAGAAGCCCAGUAUGGGCGUUUUAAAAUGAUUCAGGGCUGGCUGCAUUCACUGGUCCACAACACACACUUAUUCCUGCAAAAUAUCCCACUCCAUGACACCAGCCACAUGAAACCGGCCCAAAGAGUCAGUCUCUCCCAGGACAAGAGGAAGAGACUGAGGAGACGAGAGUCCAAGGCUGAAAUGAAAGGACGGGUGCGAGUCGACAGGGAUGUGGAGUAUGUGAGAGAGCUGAGGAGACACACGGUGGACUACCCUAACGCCCGUGUCGUCCUGAAUCUGUGCAGCGGCAGCUGGGCUCUUAAGCUGCCCUUUCUCCAAGAAGUCAUCGGCCCAUCUCUGAGGGCCAUCUACGUCGUCAGGGACCCUCGUGCAUGGGUUUAUCUGAUGCUGUACAAUAGCAAGCCUAGCCUUUACUCGCUCAAGAACAUUCCUCAGCAUCUAGCCCUCAUUUUCAAACAAGAUACGGUCAGUGACAGGUGUCCGACCGCAUUCGCAGCCGAGUUCAGAACGCUGUGGCACCUCAUAUCCCGUUCAGAGACCAAUCCUGUGUUGUUGCUGGCUCACCUGUGGCUUGCUCACACGGCCGCUGUCUUCAGAAUCACAUCUACCUUAUCUGAAGAGUCCUAUCUUCAAGUCAGGUUUGAGGAUGUUGUAAAUUAUCCUCAAGACACAGCCGAGAAGAUACACUCCUUCCUUGGAGUCCCCGUAUCUCCUUCGGCCCUGAAUCAGCUGAUGUUCACCACCUCCACAAACUUGUAUAACUUGAUGUACGAAGGGGACAUAUCACCAGCCAGCAUCAACAUAUGGAGGCGAAAAAUGCCAAGGAGAGACAUCAGACUCAUAGAGAACACGUGUGGAUUCCUGAUGAGGCAGCUCGGGUAUCACAGGUUCACUGAUUAAUUAGCUGCUGGCCAGCUGUUGUCCUCGAUCCAUGUAUCUGAUUGAUCUGUUUGAGAUUUGUGUUGUAUUUUUGCACAAAUUUGGGUUGCAAAUCAAGUAAAGUGAAAAUGAAAGAAAUAGGCACAAGAAUUGAAUGUCAGUCUGUGAUUCUGCACCAUGUCCAAUCUAACAUUUUGUACUACAAUGCCUUCAGGACACCGUUUUAGAUCAGUAAGAUGAUUUUAAAAUGUUUUAUAGUCUCUUCUGCUCACCAAGGCUGCAUUAAUUUGAUCAAAAAAUACAGUAAAAACAGUAAUAUUGUGAAAUAUUGCAAGCUAAAAUAGCUGGUUUCUAUGUGAAUAUAUUGUUAAAAACUUUUUUUUAUUAUUGUAAAAGUAUUUCACAAUAUUACUGUUUUUACUGUAUUUUUGAUCAAAUAAAUGGAGCCUUGGUAAGCAGAAGAGACUCUUUUGAAAACAUUAAAAAAUCUUACCAAUCUAAAACUUUUGAGCGGAAGUGUGUGUAUAUAUAUAUAUAUAUAUAUAUAUAUACACACACACACACACACACACACACAUAGUGUGUCUAAGAGAGAGAGAAUUCAUCAAGGACGUAUUAAAUUGUUCAAAAGUGACAGUAAAGAGUGAGAUAUUCACAUUAGUAUCCUUUAUAUUCAACACUGUGUUUCCUGUUGUAUGAUACCAGUGAAAUAAUCGCAGUGAGAUUGUGAUUAAGCACUAUCUACUGUACGUACAGUGGUGUGCAGGUUAAAAAUUAAAGCUUUGCUCCCAUAGUCACAUGAUGUAAGUCCAACGGUUGAAGAAUUGUUGGGUGAAAUAUCAACUGUUCAUAUCCACAAUAGAGUAGCUCUUUAUGCUGUAAUCAGAUAUUGAAUGAUUGAUGAGUUUGCUAAUUUUUGGGACCUUUCUUUUUAUAGAUUAGGUUUUGUGGGCUGAAACAAUGUUUUAAGAAUGGCAAAUUACACAGAAUUAUUAUUGAGCGAGAAUUUCUUCAUUUCACUCAGCAUGAAACAGUACGUGUUCAUAGAAUGUUUUUGUUUUAUUGUUUUCUCGGCGAAGACACUGUAAUAUCUGCCCUUUAUCUGUGUCCACAUCAUCUACAAACCCGUCAUGAAAACAUGCUCUUUCUCAGCCAGAGGGUUUGAGGGUUGUGUUUCCGUCUCAGUGGCCUUGAUCUCAGACUCUUGAAGCUUUUUUAAGGUUUGAUUUCUCAACAUACAAUAAAGAUGAUGUAUAACUUUCAA